ACGCGCUGACAAGCUCGCCGUCUCCAUCGGCAGCCGAAACUUUCACCCGCAUAGCUUAGCAAUAAUAAUAACCAUAAUUAAAACAGAGAGGACAUGCUGCCCCAAAAGAGUUCAACGGGAAAACAGACUUUAUUAUUUCUCUUUAUGUCACUGAUGGUACAAGGUUCCUCCGCCCGGAGUGAGGACCACCUCUUUCGUCGGCUCUUCCGGAGAUACAACCAGUACAUCCGGCCGGUGGAGAACGUGUCCGACCCAGUUACGGUCCAGUUUGAGGUCUCCAUGUCGCAGCUGGUCAAAGUUGAUGAAGUCAAUCAGAUCAUGGAGACCAACCUCUGGCUGAGACACAUCUGGAAUGACUACAAGCUGAAGUGGUCUCCGACGGAAUACGACGGAAUUGAGUUUAUACGUGUGCCGUCUAACAAAAUAUGGAGACCCGACAUCGUGCUGUAUAACAAUGCUGUGGGUGAUUUCUUAGUGGAGGAUAAGACCAAAGCCCUCUUGAAGUUUGACGGGACGGUGACCUGGGUCCCUCCUGCCAUCUUUAAAAGCUCCUGCCCCAUGGACAUCACUUACUUCCCAUUUGACUACCAAAAUUGCUCCAUGAAGUUUGGGUCCUGGACGUAUGACAAGGCCAAGAUUGACCUGGUCCUGAUCGGGUCCAAGGUCAACCUCAAGGACUUCUGGGAGAAUGGGGAGUGGGAGAUCAUUGAUGCUCCUGGGUACAAGCAUGACAUUAAGUAUAACUGCUGUGAAGAGAUCUACCCUGACAUCACCUACUCCUUCUACAUCCGCCGGCUCCCUCUCUUCUACACCAUCAACCUCAUCAUCCCUUGCCUGCUCAUCUCCUUCCUGACUGUGCUGGUCUUCUACCUGCCUUCAGACUGUGGGGAGAAGGUCACCCUGUGCAUCUCGGUGCUGCUGUCCCUCACCGUCUUCCUGCUGGUCAUCACCGAGACCAUCCCCUCUACCUCGCUGGUCAUCCCACUCAUCGGCGAGUACCUGCUCUUCACCAUGAUCUUCGUCACGCUCUCCAUCGUCAUCACCGUCUUCGUCCUCAACGUGCACUACCGUACGCCCACCACUCACACCAUGCCCGUCUGGGUGCGCUCCGUCUUCCUCCAGACGCUCCCCCGCGUCAUGCUCAUGCGCCGACCCGUGGACCUGCAGGCCCCCAAGGCCCUGGCUGGAGGCUGCUCCGCUGGCAAGAAGCGGAAAGAGAGCACCCCCCAGCAGGGAGUGCUGAACUGCCUGGAGUAUGGCGAGAGCAAGGCGCCUGCAGACUCUAUGGCGUGCCCCUGUCGGCAUGGUAAGGGCGCCCCCGAGCAGGACUCCGGCAAACCAAACCGGCCCAUUGGCACGGUUGUGGCCUUCUCUGUGGUCUCUCCUGAGAUCAAGCAGGCCAUCGAGAGCGUCAAGUACAUCGCGGAGAACAUGCGGAGUCGCAACAAGGCCAAACAGGUGGAGGACGACUGGAAGUAUGUGGCCAUGGUCAUCGACCGCAUCUUCCUCUGGGUCUUCGUGUUGAUCUGCAUGCUGGGGACCCUCGGCCUCUUCUUCCAGCCUCUCCUGGGCUUUCUGACGUAAUGUCCGGCCAGUGUCGGACAGGACUCCAUAGUUCCAGUCCUGGUGGGCCAAUUUACAACACAGUUUGCAGAUUUCCCUGCUUAACACACAUACCUUAUUUAGCUAACUGCCAAGUUUACUAGGUGUCUUUCAGCAGGGAAAGUGUGUUACAGACCGACCCUCCAGGACCGGAACUCUGGUGAAGGCCAUCUAAAGAACACAAUUUAUUUUCCGUUCAGAAAAUUUUUUGCGACACGAUGUCACCAAACCCAAAUGCUCGUUCUGCAUUUUCCGUCUCAUAUAAUCUACAUUUUUGUAUUUAGUUUCUGCAGAUCAUAGCUCUCAUCAGUCCAGAGGAGAACGUGUAUAGCGCAAGGUCAAUUCGUCAAUCAGCAAAGGCGUUUCUAAGAAAGGGUGUGAGGAUCAGCCACAGAUCCAGCACAUGGUGAAGGGACACGAUGUGGGGACCCACAAAAUAGUGAGAGAAGAUGCUGGAGACGGUCAAGCAGAAAAAGGCCAGCGGGGGGGUCGUCGGUGUGAUUUUAUGUAAAUUCCAUUCGCCAUCCUUUACCCAAACGUUAAUCAUUUGAAGCCGCUACGAAACACUUGAGUUCUGCAGAUAGAGGAGCCCCCAUUUAAUUAAGCGUGAUAGAUCAGCAUGACCUUUUUUAGUCCAAAGGCAAUUAGCUCUGUGGCCUGUGGGCCAGGCAGGAUGGUUAACUUUCUUGGAUGUCAUAUUCGGCGCGAAGGCGUCGGGCUUGUGGGACCGGCCAGGUCUCCACGGGUGCAUCUAAUUGGCCCCGUCGUUUGGAAGCUGGCCUCUGCGCUCUCCCCCCUGCGUCUCUGGGGCUUGCCUACUUAUUGCUUCCACUUCUCUCCCGAGCUACGAGUGCAGUUAGACUCCCUGAAGCCCAUUAACCAGCUUGACAUUUCACAUUAAUGUUCACAUUCCGCUUUUCUCAGAGCCCCGAUUGACUCCACUUUCAUCCUCAGCCGUGUCAUUUGCGAUUCCCUCUUGAAAAUCACCAUAAAUCACUAUUAAGCGUUUUUGUGAAAAUUGUACCACUCUAAAUAAAAUUUCAUUCACCGA